AUGUUAUCUGCACGUGCUGCCAUCAAGAGACCCAUCACUCGUGGUCUUGCGACAGUCUCGAAUUUGACGAGAGAGUCAAAAGUCAACCAAAAUUUACUGGAAGAUCAUUCUUUCAUCAACUACAAGCAAAAUGUGGAAACGCUAGACAUUGUAAGAAAAAGAUUAAAUAGACCAUUUACCUAUGCGGAAAAGAUCUUAUACGGUCAUUUGGACGAUCCUCAUGGCCAAGAAAUUCUGAGAGGUGUUUCAUAUCUAAAGUUAAGACCGGACCGUGUUGCUUGUCAAGAUGCUACUGCUCAAAUGGCCAUUUUGCAAUUUAUGUCAGCUGGUUUACCAGAGGUUGCUAAGCCCGUCACUGUUCAUUGUGAUCAUUUAAUUCAAGCUCAAGUUGGUGGUGAAAAAGAUUUAAAGAGGGCCGUAGAUUUGAAUAAGGAAGUUUACGACUUUUUGGCUUCUGCUACUGCGAAAUACAAUAUGGGUUUCUGGAAGCCAGGUUCUGGUAUUAUUCAUCAAAUUGUCUUGGAAAACUACGCUUUCCCAGGUGCUUUGAUUAUCGGUACUGACUCACACACUCCUAAUGCCGGUGGUUUGGGCCAAUUGGCUAUUGGUGUCGGUGGUGCUGAUGCUGUUGAUGUCAUGGCUGGUCGUCCAUGGGAAUUGAAGGCCCCAAAGAUCUUAGGUGUUAAGUUAACAGGUAAGAUGAACGGUUGGACUUCUCCAAAGGAUAUCAUUUUGAAAUUGGCUGGUAUUACUACCGUUAAAGGUGGUACCGGUAAGAUUGUCGAAUAUUUCGGUGAUGGUGUUGACACUUUCUCUGCUACUGGUAUGGGUACUAUUUGUAAUAUGGGUGCCGAAAUUGGUGCUACUACUUCUGUUUUCCCAUUCAACAAGUCCAUGAUCGAGUACUUGAAGGCCACCAAUCGUGGUAAGAUCGCUGACUUUGCUACACUAUACCAAAAUGAUCUACUAUCUGCUGACCAUGGUGCUGAAUAUGACGAAGUCGUUGAAAUUGACUUGAACACUUUGGAGCCAUACAUUAACGGUCCAUUUACUCCAGAUUUGGCUACUCCAGUCUCUAAGAUGAAAGACGUUGCUGUUGCUAACGAUUGGCCAUUGGAUGUUAGAGUUGGUUUGAUUGGUUCAUGUACUAACUCUUCCUAUGAAGAUAUGUCCCGUUCAGCAUCCAUCGUCAAAGACGCCGCUGCUCAUGGUUUGAAAUCUAAGACUAUUUUCACUGUGACUCCAGGUUCAGAGCAAAUUAGAGCUACCAUCGAACGUGAUGGUCAAUUGGAAACUUUCAAGGAAUUUGGUGGUAUUGUCUUGGCAAACGCCUGUGGUCCAUGUAUCGGCCAAUGGGACCGUAGAGAUAUCAAGAAGGGUGACAAAAAUACUAUCGUUUCCUCUUACAACAGAAACUUCACUUCUAGAAACGAUGGUAACCCACAAACCCAUGCCUUUGUUGCGUCUCCAGAAUUGGUCACUGCAUUUGCCAUUGCUGGUGAUUUGAGAUUCAAUCCGCUAACCGACAAAUUAAAGGACAAGGACGGUAAUGAAUUUAUGCUAAAGCCACCACAUGGUGAUGGUUUACCACAAAGGGGUUAUGAUGCCGGUGUAAACACUUACCAAGCUCCACCCCCCGACCGUAGUACUGUCGAAGUAAAAGUUUCCCCAACUUCAGAUCGUUUACAGCUGUUGACUCCAUUCAAGCCUUGGGACGGUAAAGACGCUAAAGAUAUGCCAAUCUUGAUUAAGGCCGAGGGUAAGACCACCACCGAUCAUAUCUCUAUGGCUGGUCCAUGGUUGAAAUACAGAGGUCAUUUAGAAAACAUUUCUAACAACUAUAUGAUCGGGGCUAUCAAUGCUGAAAAUCACAAGGCUAAUUGCGUCAAAAAUGUAUACACUGGUGAAUACAAAGGUGUUCCAGAAACUGCUAGAGACUACAGGGAUCAGGGUAUUAAAUGGGUUGUUAUCGGUGACGAAAAUCUUGGUGAAGGUUCUUCUCGUGAACAUGCUGCAUUGGAACCAAGGUUCUUGGGUGGCUUUGCUAUCAUCACAAAAUCCUUUGCCCGUAUCCAUGAAACUAACUUGAAGAAACAAGGUCUAUUGCCAUUAAACUUCAAGAACCCAGCUGACUAUGACAAGAUCAACCCUGAUGACAGAGUCGAUAUUUUAGGUUUAGCUCACUUGGCUCCAGGUAAAUCUUUAACCUUGAGAGUCCAUCCAAAGAAUGGAAAACCAUGGGACUCUGAAUUGACCCACACUUUCAACGACGAACAAAUCGAAUGGUUUAAGUAUGGUUCCGCUUUGAACAAGAUUAAGGCUGAUAAGAAAAUUUAA